UCACUCUCUCUAUCUCCCCACCUCUCUCACUCUCUCCCCCCACCCCUCUCUCUUUCUCUCUCACUCUCUCUAUCGCCCCUCCUCUCUCUCUCCACCCAGGUGUUUGUUAGUUUAAGGCAAUGAGGACAGGACUAGAGAGGGCAGGAGAGGACAGAAGGGGAAAGGAGAGGAGGGCAGAGGACAGGAGAGGAGGGGUGAUCUGUGUUUUCUGGAGAGAUGAACGAAGGCCUUUGUUUAGAAUGUGAGAACAUACUUUUUUCCACUCUCUCUCACUCUCCCUACCUCUCUCUCUCCUCUCUGUGCACUCCUCCUUCUCCUCUUCCAUCCCCUCUUUUCUCACUCUCUAUCCAUUCUCACCUCUCACUUUUAGUUCUGCUGGUACAGUAUCCUCUGGGGAGUGUGCUUAAGGAGUCCGGAGUCUCUUGGGAGUUCUGUUGUCCACGUCUCCUCUUCUGUUUCGCAGGUUUAUUCUUUGCCUGAUUUUUGCUUCUGUGGGUGCUGCUAUACUCAGGAGGAUCUUUGUUACUUCUCUUUACUCCAAGACUGGACUGGAGGUGGUUUCAGAAACACAGCCCAGGUCUCUAUAGUUGUUUUUUUCUUGGACUAACUAUCCCAGUUAGUUUGUCUUGGACUAUCCCAGUUAGUUUGUCUUGGACUAGUACAGUCUCCAAUCCUGGGUUUUGGAUUUGACCAGCCGUGGGCUCAGAUCCAGAAACCUGACGUGGCGAUGCUGAUAUUUUGGGUUCUGUGUCUGUGUGUGAGUGUUCUCAGUGUAGGCGUUCUAACUCUGACGCCCCAAAAACACGAGAUAGAAAAUGAGGUACAACACGACAUGGAACAUGUGCAUGGAACAUGGACCAUGGAACAUGAAGCGAGGGAACCCGAUAAAAUCUAUGCAGAGACUCUAGCAACCCACCAACCUGCCACAUACACUCCUAUAAUGGACACACGUGCCACAGUCCCAACUCUGACAGGCAUACCUCUUACAGAAACAACUGUGAUAGGUACAGCUAUUACGGAGUCAGACGUACCUGUGGUCGCCACAUGUCUUUCAUCAGCCCUACCCCUCACCUCAUUACCGAAUGAUGAAGAAGGCAGGGAUCAGGAAAAAGGCAGGGAGGACAAGAAUCCAAGAAUUGAAGAGGAAGCGGAGGAGGAGGAGAAGGGGAGAGUGAGGGAUGAGCAGAUGAGAAAGGACAGAGAGAUGGAGGCGAGCAGAGGGAGGAGAGGAGUGACGGGAAGGAGACAUGCAGCAACUGUAGAGGCCACUGCGUACAGAAUGGCAGGUCUGGGGCGCCCCCUACCCGGCUGGAAGAAGCAAGGUACAAAUGGGGGAGCUGAACAGGAAGGUGUUCUCAGGACUAUACUAAAGGAACUACACAGUGAUAAGGACAGACUGAUGGACACAGAGAAGGCAGAGGAAGAGGAAGAUGAGGAGGAAGAUGAAGAAGACGAUGAAGAGGAAGAUGAUUCUGAAGAGGAGGAAGAGGAGGAGGAGGAAGAGGAAGAGGAGGAGGAAGAAGAGGGGACAGAGUCUCCCACCAAUCAGACAGUAGCAAGGACCAGCUUCACAGAGUCUCUCCCAGGGACGUGUCAAACGUCUAACGGACAAAUAAGCUGCAGGGGUAUUGGCAUGAAUCACCUCCCAGUCAUCACCGACCUUGGGGUCACGACCCUGGACCUGGCAGAGAACAACAUCAGUCUGAUUGCCUCGCGGGGUUUCUCUGGUCUUCCCAACCUGGAGAGUAUAGAUCUGAGCAAAAACCGACUUGAUGACGACUCACUCAGCCACCACCUCUUCUCUAAUCUGACCCGGCUGAGGAGGCUCAACCUCGAUGAUAACCAGCUGACACGGAUCCCCCUGCUGCCACCUUCACUGGGGGAGCUCACGAUGAAUGGCAACAAGAUCACCAUACUCACCCCUUACAGCUUCAAAGGUCUGUUCCAUCUGUUGUCUCUGGAGCUAGAGGAGAACCUUUUCCAUGAUGGCAACGUGUCCCCUUUGACCUUCAAGCCGCUGAAGAGGGUCCAGUACCUGUGCUUGGACAUGAACAGGUUCCGCUCCCUCCCCCUCGGCCUGCCCCGCUCCCUACAGGAGCUGAGGAUGCGUGAUAACCAGUUACAGGAGGUACCAGAGGGGGUUCUGAGUGAAUUGGCCAAACUGAGAGUUUUAGACCUUAGUCACAACCUGCUGCAUGAGGGCAGCAUCUCAAACCGGGCCUGGGUCAAACUAACUUCUCUUGAAGCCUUGGACCUCUCUCAUAACAGCCUCACUUCAGUCCCCCUCUACCUACCCCGCCCUCUGCGUCAGCUGACCCUGCAACACAACUCCAUUGGUCGAAUCCCUGCGUAUGUCUUUGGCCACCUGCGCCCUGGCCUUGAGUCCCUCCGUCUAUCCCACAAUGCACUAGGGGACGAAGGAGUGCAAGGAGUUUCUUUUGUGGGCAUGUACCGAUCGCUUGUUGAGCUCCUAUUGGACAAUAACCGUCUGGGGGCGGUGCCUCGCAGCGUGUGGCAGUUUAGGAACCUGCAGGUGCUGAGGCUCGACUACAACCAAAUCAGGUCUGUGGCGGUGGGGUCGGUGUGUCACUCUCGUGUGGCGGUGCGUUCGGCCCUGGCCUCUCUCCACCUGGAGAACAACCUUAUAGAAGAAGACAUCCCCUCCACUACCUUCAACUGUAUUCAAGACCCUAGUAGUGUGGUCACACAGCCCCAGGAACACAUACACGAAGUGUAGACCAGCUUCUCCAUGAUGUUACACUGAACCAUCAUUAAACCUCCCUAUUUCCCCACCUCCCUUUCUUCACUAAUCACCUACGUCAUCUCGUCAUGUAUGUAAACUCGUGUUUGUGAUGUCACAGUCGAUGAUGAUGAUGAUGAUGAUAAAGAUACUAAUUCGUACCAGUACAGUUGUGUUACCUUACUCGAACAGAAAUGAAACUACUGAUGUCUGUGUAUGAAAAUGCUCUAGCGGUUGAGAGAGAAUAUUAAAUAACAGCUAUUCCAACCUGUGUAUUUAAGGGUCUGGG